AGCCUAUAAAUACGCGCGCAAUUUCUCUCUUGAGUAGUUGCUAAGGAAUUUGAGCCGUGGCCGGUUCGUUCUUCUUCUGCUUCUUCUGGUUCUUGUUCUUCUUCUUCUCGUUCUUCUUCGUCAUCAUCUCUUCCAGGAAGAAGUUUGUUCGCUGAGCAAUUUCACCUUUCUCCGAUAUUGCUCGAGAUGUGUCCUCCAGCCGCCGCCGCUCUGGAUGAAUCCUGGACACGUGAGGAGUUUUUCAGGUACAUGAAGUACAUGGCUGAAGGACGCUCUGUUCCGGCAGAUGUGAUAACAGAUGUGAACCCUUUCAACCGCCUGCCUGAAACUUUGCCAGGAGAAAAUAAGUGGUACUACAUAACCUCAAUGGAGAACAGAGGGGCAGAAGGCGGAUUCUGGAAGCCUAGAGGACAACCCCGUGAGAUAUAUGGUGAUGCUUCCAUCACUGGUUGGGAAGCAACUCAUGAAUUCUAUGAAGGACAAGGUCCGCAUGUUGAAAAAACUAAUUGGUUGAUGCUGGAGUACUAUACAACUCCGAAUGUGUCAAGAGAAGCUGUUCCGGCAAGGGAUGCUAAUUCGCUCUGCCUGGUCUUCCGCAGUUGCAACUCGCCACUAUCUGACAGUGAAAACUACGUUUACUCACUGCGUCCAUGUAAUUUCAACAUACCUACCGGGCAACGUGUAACAAACCAGAUGCAGGUUGACACCGGUUCCUGCAAUAUUAUGCAACGUGUAACCAGUAUCCUUCCUAUUCAACCUGUUGAAAAUCCAGCUGAGUUGGAUCAUACUGAUUCUGGUGGCUACUUAGAAUUGCUGGACCUUCUCUUUACACCAUCGCCUUCUUCCGGCGGUUCGGAUAAUUCAAGCUGCAUGACCAUGUUGUCAGAUGAAUGCUUUGAUUAUCCGGACGCAAUGCUGGACUUAGAAGCUGAAAGUGGAGAUCAUGUAGAGCAUAAGGACGCUGGUUGCAACCUUAGUGUCUCUGAUUCUUCAAAACCAGAUGACAUUGUUGUCCAAGCAGCGAUUUCAGGAUUGCCUAUCGAAGAGAGAUAUUCAGAGAAUGCCAGAGAUGCUGGCAAAGCAGUCAACAGGGACAGCAGUCGGCCAUUGACUUCAGAUUCUCAGAGCAGUGAACCGUUGAACAAUAGCCAGACACCAUCUGCUGAUGGAAGAAACAAGACAGAUGGGAGGCUGAAGAAGCUCAAGAGGAAGUACCUUUCAACUUCGAGUUCUCAGAGUAGUGAUGGGUCAAACAGCGGCCAAGCGCCUUCUCCUAGUCCUGGUGGAAGAACGAAGACUGAUGGAACAUUGAAGAAGCUCCAGAAGAAGUACCUGUGCUUCAUGCCAUUCUAGUUCGUCUCGCCAGUACUCACAGCACUGAUGGGCAUGCAGCCAAAAGGCAAAGUUUUCAUCAAGUAGGCCAGCAAUCCUGCCGCAUGUUCUAGGUUGGAUUCUUGUACAUGCUUUUUAUGCUAUUGAUGGAAUAAUCGCGGGUACAUUGAGGUGGCAUCCACCACCCGAGACGAUUUACUAGAUUAUGGCUUAGGAUUUUAUUUAUUCAAUGGGGGAGACAGAUCUGUUUUUAUCAAGCCUAGCUUGAUUUCAAGUACUUGCAGGUGAAAUGUGAAAUAAAUAAACAUUCAAGACAAAGGUAUGCUAUCUGGGUUUGUUUAAUCUGCAUAAGUUUCAUUUAACAGUAGCUGUUUCACUGUUUGUUUGCGGCUUGAGAGCUUUUAGUACAUAUAAAAACAUCAGUUGGAUGUUUUGGAUCAUUAAGUAAAGCAUCUGUGGUUCGGCUCAUCAACGAAGAUUUGGUGAUAAGUUCCGGGCUUAUGAUGGCCCGACUGAACUCUCUCGGGACCUUGAGUAAAUGCAUCCGAUUGGGCGUUUCAGCUCUUGGACCCAAAUCCUGAAAUAACAUUUUGCACUCAGCAGCACUGCCUUGUGGUAGGAGGCAUUGUCAUGUAGCCUUUAGCGACAGUUUUGUACAGGUUUUCAGCAGAAACAUCAGCCGCAGAAUAGUCUUUACAAGGCGGCGUUUGGCGAAUUCGCAACCCCGAUGGCGCCUCCACAACUAGCAGUUUCGAGGCGUUGCAGCCUGAAAAACGAGCAUGGUACAGGUUAUGCUCGCAACCGCACCCACAACCAUAUCGAGCGAACUCCUGGUCUAAUGCCCCAUGUCACUCGCGAAAUAAUAAAAUACACCUUCGACCCGUUUCCUCU